UUGUAAGUGUAUGGCAGUCUCCACAGAAGCAGAAGUCAGUCCAAAAUCGUAUUUUAAGAAGAAGAGAGUUCUGAAGCGGGGAGAAAACUCUAGAUAUUAACGCUCUGGAAAAAUGGGUGUGCUGUUAUUGAACAGUUAAUCAAUCAUACUCUUAACCCAACGUUUCAAUUUGAUUUUUCUUCGAAGACACGGUGUGAAAAAGAGACCAAAAAAAAAAAAAAUGAAGCCAGAUCAAAGAUUUGAAACCAUGUAAUGACACAAUGCUGCUGACAAAUCCUCGUAUUCAGUUUCAAUCACCAACAGCUAAACAAGACAUAAGAUCUCUCUCUAAGAAUUAAACCAUAUUGGUUUUACUAAUUACAGAAGCCAGCGAUGUCCCCCACGGCCGAUUCUUCAUUCUAUAAAUCUGAUAACACCGCGGCAUACCACCUGCCCCCAAUACGCAGAAACAACUAUACCAGUGCAGGGGAGAUGCCCACCUCCGCAACGCCCCUCGGUGCCAGUCUGAUGGAGUCCAACCUCUCUCUCGCCAGGCAGAGGUCUCAGCUGGGAAGCGGACCUGUGCGGGACGCUUUCCCCGCCUCGGCGUCCGUGUCGCUGCCGACCUCCACCACCGCCCUAGAUUACCUGCUCCACUACCACACGACACGGGGCGGCGAGGGCUCGGACAGAAGCGCCAGGCACUUCGACAGCUGGGAGCGCGCGUUCAGGUCUGAAGGUUCUCUUGGAGUCAGCGGCGGACGAUGGAAUGACCCAGAAAUGACCAAGACGCUUUCCGCAACGGACGCCGACGAGCGAAGGCGCACUUUCGGCGCCAAGGAGCAUAAUCAUAUAUCCAGGCAGUUUUUCCACAAGGAACCAUGCCUGUAUACUCACAGGAUGUUCCAGAUGGCGGCCAAGAUUUUCUCAGUUCUAAAAAUAAGCAACGAGAGAGAUGAAGAGAUGAAAUCUAUGAGAAAACGGCGCGGCUUGGACGUGCUGGACAAUGACACAAUUCCAGACAUGGAGUUUAAAGAUAUGCAAGAACAGAUCAAAACUUUUGAACUGACUUUUGCCGCAUUGAAAUUUCAAGUUUUGUUAAAUGAAGUCUUGGAGAAAACUGGAUUCUUUGUAGAAAACUCAAAUCUCCGCGAUGUGGAAAGUCUCGUCUGCAUCAUCCUAUACGAAUAUCAAAGCAGAAAGUUCCAGCGACGGACGCCGUUCCCUGACGAGGAUCUGGACAGAACUUGUCUGGAGGUGGAGGAAGCUCUUCUAAAGGUCAAGACCAAGAUCCUGUCCGUCAUCGCCAAGGAGAGAAUCAAGAACAACGCACCGUCCAUCGAAUACCUUCUUCCGGAACACAUCCGGAACAAAGACGAGACAAAGAGCAAGACUCCGGUCUACAUGUGGGUGAACCAGUUCAAAACAACCAUUGAGGAAAUGACGUCACAGCUGAAGACGGACAGCUUUUCGGAACUUGAGGACGGUGUGGACAUUUCCGAAGAAAGCAGCAAAGUGUUCAAACUGGACGAGCAAUGUCCAGAUCUGAUCGUCUGCCCGCCGAGUUUCCAGUUUUACUUCAAAGAAUCGGAGUACGUCAAAUCGGGCUCUCUGGUUUUACAGGAUAAGUCCAGUUGUCUAGCACCACAGUCGGUCCAUUACUUGGUGGGAAUGGACCAAGACGUCAUACAUGUCAAUGUCGGUACAGGAAUGACCACCGCCCAUCUGGCAAGUUUACUCCGCAAAAAGUCGCCAAAUUGUCACGUGUUCGGCUUUGGAAGUGACGGGCCAGAGAAGAUGAAAAAAGCGGUGAAGAAUAUGGAAUUUCUUGGUGUGAAGAAUGUCAAACUCUUGUGGGAUCGUUUUCUGGAUGUUGACCCAGAGGAGGCAAGAUUCAAAAAUGUCAAGGUCAUCUUAAUUUCUGCUAACUGCAGCAAGUCCGCGAUUACUAGUCCAGUCCAAUUUAUAGUCAGCGAAGGCGAAGACAUGAAAGUACUAGGGGAGCUGUCCAAGACAGAGUCCAACCCAUCACAUAUAGGAAACCUAAAACUGGAACAUGAGCAGCUCUUGAAGCACGCACUCAAGUUCCCAAAAGUCCAGGCAGUGGUCUACACAACUCGGUCCAGAUAUGAGGCAGAGAAUGAGAGUGUGGUGACCAAAGUCCUGGAGUACAUCAAUGCCACUUCCAACAGUAAGAGAAUUCCAUUCAAAGUUACUCCCCCUGUGCUACCCUUCUCUGGUGAGGAGAUAGAUACAGGGUCCAGUGGUGUUGAUGGAAGAUAUGUUCGAUUUCUGCCUUCCUCUAAAUCAAAUGGCUGUUUUGUGGCCAUUAUAUCAAGGGAGCCACAAGAUCCAAAGGAAGUUGCCAGGUUGGCCAUUGCCAGAGCUAAGUCUAAAGGCAUGCUGGGUAAAAACCAUCCAGCCAGUGACACCAACAUGGAAGGAGAGAAUGAGAUUCCACCUGAAGGCAAACGGUCAACAUCACCGUCCAAAAAGCUGAAAGGUAGACAUUCCUCUCCAGAGUCUCAUGGCUUGAAAUUGAAAGUGGCCAGCCAUAAAACUGCUGCAGCCAUUGGGGCAAGGUUAUACCAGGCUGGACUGCUGAGUAAGAUGCAACAAGCCAAGCUUCAGCCCCAUAAACCAGAACAUGUCAAGGUGGUUAAGCAUCCGGCACCUUUCAGUGACCAAGUUGAAGCUUAAUGUGUCCAAUGGUAAGACAAAAUAGGAUUGAGUCACAUUUAUUAGACACAGUCACGGAACAUUUCAUCACAAUAGGAUUGAGUCACGUUAAGUAGUCAGUCACCGAACAUUUCAUCACAAUCUCAGUCAGUGGCGUACCUUUACAUUGAUAUCAUAGAGCUGCUGUCCUUCCUCCGAGGCCCUUACUCCAGAUUAAAAAAUUAAGGAAUCCCCCCCCCAAUCUCUCCCAUGUCUGAGUACGCCCCUGACCUUAAAACAUAACAUGUCAAAUAAUAAACAAAAUCUUUUCUUAAAGAUUCGAUCACUUUGCGUUGAUUAUGUUUCAUUGUAUCACUUUGUGUUGAUUAUGUUUCAUUCUAUCACUUUGUGUUGAUUAUUCUAUCACUCAAUUUGACAUGAACAAUUAAGUUAUGAACUGUUACGAGAAUAAUUCAUGCGGGUUUAGUUUUUUUUUUUUGCUCCUCAUUUUUACUAUACAUGAACAUCUGAAAUUCAAUGGUUUCUUACUUCUGUAUUCAAUUAGUUGCAGAUCUAACGUUUCAUUUCUGUGAGUCUUUAAGUUCCAAAGAUUUAAAUAAUA